AUGGAACUUGAUGCUGAUUUUAUUACAUUCACGAAUAUUCUUAAUGGAUAUUAUACCAUUCUUGAAGAAUGUAAUUGUAGUGUAAAUUCUGCAAUGAAAGAAUGUCAAACAAGAAUUGAUAGAGUUAUUGAAGCUAUGAAUGCACCAAGACAAUUAUACAAAAUCAGAGAACAAUAUUUUACAGACAUUGAUGGAAAUAGUCCAUUAUUUUUUGAAAAAGCAUCUUCAACUCCAAAUAAAAUAAUAUCAUUUCAAUGGAAAAAAGAAGAUCGAAUAACAUUGUUAAAUAUUGUAAAUAAAAUUAAAGUAAUGAUUUUAAAUCAAAAAUGGAAUCAAAUGAUUCAAGAAAGAGAAAGUAAUGGAUUAAUAAAAGAAUUUGAAUUACGUAUUCUUGAAGAAAAACGAAGAAUAGCUCAACUUCAAAAAAUAAAAAUACUUGAAGAAGCAGAAAAAGCAAAACAAAAUUUAGAACAAUUAGAUGUAUUAAAUAAACAAAAUUCUAAACAAUUUCAUAAAUAUCAAAAUAUUCCUCCUCCAGUUGAAUUACCUAUAGAUUCUUUUUCAAAAGAAAUAAAAAAAGAACCAGAAUCAAUUGAAGAAAUACCAAAACAUUCAAAAUUAACACUUACUAUUUCAUUAAAAAGAAAUGAAAAUAAUCAUCCUGAAAUGAAUGAUAAUAAUCUUACUUCAAUUUUAGAAGAAAUGAGAUCAAAACCAUCUGAUGAAUUACAAAAAAUAAUUGAUAAAUUUAAUAGAAUAUAUCCUGUUCAAUAUAAUGAAAAAACUGAAUUAUAUUUACAACAAAAGAAAACACAAGUUGAAUUAGAAGGUAGAAGAAAUAUUUUUUUGGCUCUUCAAUAUAAAAGAUUAUUUACUCAAGAAGAAUUCCUAAAAUAUUUAAGAGCUAUUUGUGAUGCAAUUGUCAUUUAUUAUGAAAUGUUCAAAAACGAAUUUAGAGUAAAUAACAACAUUGAUAUUUCAGACAAUUUCUGGAAAAUCAUUUGUGAAGAAAUAGGUAAUCAUAAUCCUUUAGAUUGUAAAUUACAAUAUGAUUAUAUCAUUAAAUCACAACUUUAUUCAUCUCUUGAAAAAAUUCCUAAUAUCAUUUCUCAAAUAAAAAUAUUUGCAAAAAAGUUAAAUAAUCCUACUAUCACUUGUAAUAAAGAAUCAUUUAUUACAUUAAAAAAUGAAAUGAUGGAAUUUGCAGAAGAUCAUGGUAUGAGUUAUGUCUUUCUUCUCAAAAAGAUUCAAGAAAUUAGAAUGAAAGAAAAUAUGAAAUAUGGACCAUUUAGCAAAGAAGAAGAUGAAAAAAUAUUAGAAGCUGUAAAAAAAUAUGGUAAAGGAGAUUGGAAAUCUGUUGAAACAGAAAUUGAAGGAAGAACUUGUCAACAAGUUAUGAAUAGAUAUGACAAAGUACUUAUCAGGAAAACAUGUGGAAAAUGGAGUCAAAUUGAAAAGGUUAAAGUUACCAUUUGUCAAAAAUUAUAUCCUAAUCAAUGGAAAAAAAUAUCAACUUUUAUUCCUAAUAGAACUGAUGCUCAAAUUAGGGAUUUUGUUAGUAAUUCUGCUGCUUCUGGUGUUAAAAAAAGAAAAUCUUGGACUGAAGAAGAAGAUUUAAUAUUAAUUGAAAAAUUAUAUGACCCAAAUUAUAUCUAUUCUAUUAUUCUUCCUAAUACUCCUGAAGCUAUGGAAAAAGGUAAACCUUCUAAAAUUAAAGUUGAACGAAGUGGAAAACCAAAAUGGUCAAAAAUUGCUUCUCAAAUUCCUGGAAGAGUUGAUUGUCAAUGUCGUGGUCGUUAUGAUGCUAUUCUUAAAUUUUUAAAAGUUACUACAAAACCAUCUAAGUCUUUAAUGCUUGAAGCUGCUUCUCAACUUCGUGGUGAUGGAAUUAAAAGAAGAAGAUCAAAAAAACAGAUUGAAAAUGAUCUUCCUCCAAUUGGAUAUCCUGAAAUAACCAAAAAAUUAAAAUCUCAAUUGAGAUUAAAUCUAUACUCAUCAAAAGUCCCAAAAAAUACCCAAAAUCAUCCACCAAUUUAUCAAUCUUUUCAAUCAAACACUCUUAAACAAUCUCAACCUACUUUACCAAUAAAUAAAAGUCAACAAAACACAAAUAAACCAUAA